GACGUCGACGCUUUUGCUUGAAUCGCUCCUGUGUGUUCUUUACAGCCUUAGCCUGUGUGUGUGUGUAUGUGUGUAUGUGUGUAUGUGUGUAUGUGUGUGUGUGUGGUUUUUUAAGUUUUGCGAAAUGACACGGAGCAUUUAGCAUUUAGGUAACUUUUCAGUAUGAGAUGAAUCCAUCGGGAUUCAUUUAGUUAGCUUGUGGCUAACGGUUAGACCGGAAAAAAGCCACACUAGGCGGCUGUUAGCUGUGACAGCUCCGGGGGAUUCAGACGUCAGUGCCAACAUGGCAGCAGGUAGCCAAGGUCCAGGCUCGGCAGGUGAAGACAAGACUCCUUCACGCAGGCAGACUGAUGCUAACAGGAAGUUGAAGUACAUCAGUUUGACCGUUUUGGUCAUCCAGAAUGCCUCACUCAUCCUCAGCAUCCGUUACGUUCGGACGUUGCCAGGAGACCGCUUCUUUACCACAUCCGCCGUGGUCAUGGCCGAAGUCCUGAAGGUCUUCACCUGUCUCAUCAUCAUCCUGUUCCAGAAGAGAGGAAAUAUCAGGGACUUUGUGGUCUUGCUGUACGACUGUAUCGUGGUGCAGUAUUGGGAUACGCUGAAGCUGGCGGUUCCGUCGCUUAUCUACACGCUCCAGAACAACCUGCAGUAUGUGGCCAUCUCGAAUUUACCAGCUGCCACGUUCCAGGUAACCUACCAGCUGAAGAUUUUAACGACGGCGCUCUUCUCAGUGCUCAUGCUGAGGAAGAGUCUGUCCCGUGUCCAGUGGAUCUCUCUGCUCCUCUUGUUCACUGGCGUGGCCAUCGUCCAGGUGGAGCAGGACGGCAGCAAGAAGAAGGAGGCCAUCGAGUCGGCCGGCUCUCAGAGCUAUGUGAAGGGCCUGGUGGCCGUGGUGGUCUCGUGCCUGUCUUCGGGCUUUGCUGGCGUUUACUUUGAGAAGAUCCUGAAGGGCAGCAGCGCCUCACUGUGGCUCCGCAACGUGCAGCUGGGGCUCUUCGGGACGCUCCUGGGCCUGCUCGGACUGUGGUGGAAUGACGGAGCGCAGAUCGCCGAGCAGGGCUUCCUGUUCGGCUACACACCCAUGGUAUGGGGCGUGAUCUUUAACCAGGCGUUCGGCGGCCUGCUGGUGGCCGUGGUGGUCAAAUACGCAGACAACAUCCUCAAGGGCUUCGCCACGUCCUUCUCCAUCGUGGUGUCCACGGUCAUGUCCGUCUACCUCUUCGGCUUUCACGUGGACAUUCUGUUCACGCUCGGCGCCGGACUGGUCAUCGGUGCCGUCUACAUGUACAGUCUACCGAAAGCUGCGGCUCCAUCCACCGGCACCGGCUCCUUCCCUUCCUCUUCCUCUUCUUCGCAGACGGACGGGUUCCUUCCAAAGAACCCAGAAAAGGAGAAAGGAAGCUGAAACGUGAAGAAGGAAGGCGACGAAAGGAAGGAACAAGGACGAGCCUCAGGACACGACUUCGAAUAACAUUUCAUACGGUUUUAUAUCACACAGAUAUUUCCUUCUUCCCGGAACACUACAGCGGAGAUUGUUUUUUAACAUUUACUGUAAUUUUUUUACACUGUAGCUUGCAUAAGUAUUUACCCCCCUCUUGACCUUUUCCCACAUUUUACAGUUUGAUUAGAGAUCAGAAAUUAGCUGGAGUUUUUUCCACUGGAUCAGCUCCAGGGUGUGUAACACUACAAACUUUAGCAAAGUUCAAGAGAAAAAUAUUUACACAAGGCACAGUACACUAAGAGAUAUUUACUUUUAGGCUAGUAGAUACACAAAGGGGAAGAAAAAUUAUGCUGCCUUGACUUUUUUAAACAUUUUUUUCCUCAUAUAGUCGUUUCGGUCUAAACACAAAAAGUGUGUGUAAUGGGGAAAAAAGUAUUUUUUAAAUGAAUUAUUAUAAGUAUUAUAAUGACCAUGUUGUAUAAUAAUAAU